CUCCAGUCCAGUUCGGCUGGGUAGAGGACAGAGGCUGAACCAUACUGCAGAGUACCCUAGUCGAAGUCAUGCAGUCUUUCAGAGAAAGGAGUGGUUUCCGUGGUAACCAGCACUGCCACCAGCAGGAGCCCUAUGAAUUAUCACGCCUUGAGAAUUACAGACAUCAUCACAGCCAGAACAGACAGGGCUAUGAGGCGCACUCUCUCUCAGUGGCAGCAACAGCAGCAGCAGCAGGCGCGGGCGCUAAGGAUUGUUACGGCCAGCAAGCCUACCCUGGCUAUGGCAGCAACUCUGCCUCAGCUGAAAAACAGUACAAAAGAGACAAAAUGCCAAGCCAGCACUUACAGGGUGGAUACAGCAGCCAUCUUAACACUGCCUACUCUACCCAGUACGUAAAUGAAGGCCAUCUUCAGCAGAAAUGGGAGGAUUCUUCUCACAUGUCCCAGUAUGAGCAGAACAUGCUUGGUCGGCUGGAAUCUACAGGUGGGGCAGUUGAUAGCAGAUCUCAGUUUCUACCGCAGAAUAUUCUGGCCAUUUCACAGAACCAGUGCUCCCAUGUCAGUCAGCCUUCCACUCCGGUGUACACCAGCCAUCACCAACAGAAACUGCCACAAGACACAACCCCAUCUGCUAUGACCUACAGCCAUGGGCAUCUCCAUUUCCCCCAGCACACUCAGUCUCUUGGAACCUCUACGCCUUCUUAUAUAGAAAAAUGCAAUGUCACUCCACAUUGUUACAAAGGCUAUCCCAUGCCCCCAAACUCCCAGUAUAACAGGCAGCUGGGAAACAGCAACAGCCUCAAGCAGAGUAGCUACAGGACUCAGAACAACUAUGCCUACCAGCAGCCUCCAUCCAGAACUGGAUAUGAACAACAGUCCCCGCUGCAGGGGAUUCCCAGCACACAGGACAGCCUUUCAAAAUACCAACAUUUUAGCCAGCCACAACAGAACUACUGCCUGUCAGACAUCUCUGUGAGGUCCCCGGAGCAGUACUACCAGAACUGUAGCCCCAAUGCCAGCCACUCUCCUGUCAGGUCAGUUGGCAGGUCACCCUCUUACAACCCGACGUCUUCCCCCUUAAUGGUCAAUUCUGAGACCUUCCUGUACAGCCAGCCUCCCAUCACCUCAGGAGCCUCUUCUUCCUCUAGUCUACGGGAGCAAGGCUUACAUAUACCACAGCAGUCCCAGCCAUCCCCCAGCGUCAAUCAUCAGACAACCAGCUAUGCAGGUUCACUAAAGGAUAAGUUCUCGGAGAAGCUAUUGUCCAAUCCCAGCUUGUGGAGUCUCAAUGCCCUGACAUCUCAGGUGGAAAACAUUUCCAACAACGUCCAGCAGCUGCUGCUCUCUGAAGCACUCAUAGCUAACAAGAAGGGCAGCAAGCGUAACAAUCCUAAACAAGAGGAGGACUUUAAGGGCCAGCUUCACACACUUGAGGACAGUUCGUGUUUAGACACCCAGGACACUGCCCCUGUGCCUGAAGCUUUCAGCACCUCCCCGAACAUCCAAAGUGGGCUACAAGAGGGGAGAUGCCCCAACAGCUCUGAAGACCAACAGGAGAGUAGUUAUUACUAUUGUAGACAGAGCACAAGCCCAACACAGGCCACCACAAAUGCCCAGCAUACUCUGGAUAUGGUUCCUUCCUGUGUAAUGACCUCACCAAGUGACAUGUCCUCUCAGUCAGAGGCCUCACACAGGCCUGCACAAGCUGAAGGUGACAACCUGAACACCAUACUAAAGGAAUUAAGAGCAGAGAGGUCCCCCAUCAGCAUUUCUGUUCCCGCCUCUCUAAACCAAGAGCAGAACUCCCCAGCGGACAGCCUGGGGGACUCAGCCAAGGAGAACUUUGAGGAGUCAGCCUGGUCAGAGAAGGUAGAGGAGAAGGAGAGGGAGGGGAAAGUGCAGCUCCUCGCAGAGUGUGAGAAGCAGGAUGAUGUCACUGCAUGCAAGCAGGAGGAGGAAUGGGCAGGGGAAGAGAAAUGCCUGUCUGUUUUACAUGAGAUAAGUGAUGCUCCGAGUGACAACAAUUACCCCAAUGACAAGGAUGAAAAAAUGUAUCAGGAUUUGGUACAGGAUUAUAGUCCAUCUGAUGGGGAUAUUAAUGAUGCCAGUCGCAGGAGAGACACGGGCUGUGAUGCACAACCUGAAACCUACAAAUCUGAGUUUCCUCCUGAUUUGGAUGCUACAGGGAAGAGAGUGCCAUUUGUUUGGGGGGAUGAAUAUAUAUCCAUGAAAGACGACGAAUUAGAGCUUCCACAUGUGAGCUCUAGGAGUCAGCUUUUUGAAGGGAGGCUUUCAUCUGCUUCGAAAGUGAGGCUGCAGGCAGACGAAGAGCAGCACGCUGUCCUUUCCAGUCAGGCUGCUGAAGUGAGUAAGGAGGAGAGUUUGCCAUCUUCUGAGGUCAUUAAUAAUAUAACAUGGUCACUGGAAUCUGGAGAAUUUCUCAGCCCAGCACAGGAGCAGGGCAGCAAGUCUCCAGCUAAACCAGAGGUGCAAGACACCGAUCAGGUCACAAUCUCAGAAAAGAGGUCAGACAUUUGCGACAUUACACCUCUGACUAAUUCUGUGAAGACAGUCUUCUCGGUCUUUAAUGAGGAAGCAACACCUCCGUCCCAGGCAAGGGAGCGCAUCGAUCAGUGUGAGGCUGUGGUACCGGAACCAGAAUCUCCUCAGCUCCCAGGCAAGUCAAUGAUGCACUCAGCACCUUCCUGGGCUGAUACUCCACCUUCCCCCAAAAAAGGUGAUGAAGAAAUUGAUCCUGGAAUAAGCUGCCCCAGUGCAGUGACACCUUCAACCAAAUCUGAGCCGAUGGCUACCUCUGCAAAGCUUAGGGUGUUCAACAGAAAACAUGUGAGGGGGAGGAGACGUCAGCCUGGAAUGCUAAUGCACACAAGUGUUCGAAUCAGAAGACUCUCCAGUGCAGAAGGUGACAGUGUUCCAGCACCUCCUCAGGACAUGGGUUUACCACCCAGUAAAGCCAUGGUCUUCGUAGAACAAGCACGGGCCGCUCACAAGGACCUUUCCAGUCAGACACCUACUCUUUUAACAGAAAACAUUCCAUCGAGGAUGUGUACUCGCUCUUUCACUGCAAUGGCUACUCCAAAAACUUGUCUCCGUUUGAAAAGGCAGCCAUGCCAAAAACCAUCCAAUGGGGGUGUUGUCAAAGACUCUCAAUGUGACCCCAAGGGCUUGAUUUCUAAAAUCAAAUGGAGGAAGCAGAGAGGCCCUAAGCCUAUGGUCAUAGGUCACAGGAAGGGAAGGAGGGGCUUAAGUGAAAAUAGACAGCAAGAUGAAAACCAGGAAACCACCCUGUGCUUAUCUCCCUGUGUUAAAGCUCAAAGGCCCAUGGUCCUGAGAUCGAGAAAACAAACACAAGAGAACCCACUAAAAGAAAAAGCAAAGGAGAGGAAGACAAUGUGCAUUUUACCCAAGGCAUUGAAGGAAAUAAAGAGACAACGGACAGCAUUUCUGAAAGAACAGGAUUGUGUGAGUUCGAAACAAAACCUUGCUUCUGUACACCAGAAGGGUGUGUACAGAACACUGCUUAGCAAAUCAGAAAAAAGUGUGUCCUCCAUUAAGAGGAAAUCAAGCUGCCAUUCCCCAUUACCUGUGAGAAAACAAAGAGGGGUCAAAGGAAUCAAACCAGAGAUUUUACAGCCCCCUUUAAAAACUAAGUUGAUGGGAGUCAAAGGUCCCAAGAAGAGACUAAUGCAAGGAGAGAAUUUUAAUAUUCCUUUGAGAAGUUUCCUUGCCAAAGAUCCCUCCCCUGUUGAUAUAAAUGACAUUCCUUGUAUAUCUCCCCAAUAUCCAGCCAAAACAAAGUAUCUGCCCCCUAGAAAAGGCAGAGGCCUAAAAUAUGAAGCAAUGGUUCAAAAAAUUACAUCACCAGGGUCAAAAAAGCACAUUGCAAAUCCUCAAGUUGAAAAUGUACAAGGAAAUGUGAUGACAAGAACCACACUACAAGGUUCGGAACAAGCAAAAACAGUACAGGAAGGAGAAGUGGUGCCGGAACAGCAGGAAAUCAGACAGAACAUUGAGGAAACGCAAGACUCAACCGUUGACAAAGCUUCAGUUAUAAAACAGAGAAAAAAGCUGUCCACAGAGAGUGGAGAUCAACCCGAGUUAGCAUCAGGGUCUGAGAGUCUAGUCAUUAACACUCCACGACUAGCGAAACAAAGAGCGAUCAAGAACAACCAUGAAAUGCAUUUGAAGCAGAGGAGGAAGAGGAGGAAGGGUCUCACACCCUUAGAGAGUACAGUGGAACAGGAGACACCAACCCCCACCUCUGCACUUCCAGCUGGGGAGCAAAUAGCCCUCACACUGACCCCCACACACAUUAGCAUGUGUAAGAAGGCAAGAUGUGCAACGACCCCCACAAAAAAAAGGCAGGCUAAAGCCAUGGCUAAACAGGGCAUCAAAAACAAAACAAUAAUCCAAAAAGCAGGGUCCAACCAGAGAAAAAAUAUAUAUUUACACAAUACUAAGCCUACAAAAAAUGGGUGGAGACUUAAGACUCGACACAGACUGCAAGCUAAUCCAGUUGUAGAAGGGCAGCAGCCAGAGAUUUGUUUAAAAUAUGUAAUGUACAAACCGCAAAAAAUAGAAAAUAAACCCUUCAGUCCAUAUGUGUACAUUGAUAGUUCAGAAGAACUAGCUUCUUUUUGUGCUAUCGUCAACAAGCCUGAGGAGGAGCUGCUUCUCCAAGCAAGGGAAAAGAGAUUUCCCAAAAUACAGAACCCCGUCACCGCUGCUAAGGUGAUACCAAACUCCUCUGUGAUGCUGCAGGGGCCCUUGGUGAACAAAAACUUGAUUGACAGGUGUCUUUCUUGUUGCCUGUGUGGCAAACCAGCCAAUUACAGAGAGCUUGGGGACUUGUGUGGGCCAUACUACCCUGAGGACAGCAUACCACGGAAGGCGAUGUCUUUUAAGUACAAAGUGGAGUCUAGGGACGAGAGAGUGACAGUGAACUGCAGUGCGGUGCAGGCCAACACACUGAAGAGGGGAGGUGUAAAAAGCCUAACUGGGGGGAGCAGUGGCAAUGGCCGCCCCGGGCGGCCCAAGAAAACAGACAAGGUGUCAGGAGAGACUGCCACAAUUCGGCCCAGAUUUCUGGAGCGGUACAAAAAGCUGCAGCAGUCUCAGAGCUAUGAAAGGAGAGUCGGUGAGGAGGGGGCAGCUCAUUCAAGGUUGCAGGAUAGCAGUGGAGCUACUCAAAAACAAGAACUGGAAGUAGAGGCUAAGGAGAACUGGGUUCACGAAGCUUGUGCUGUUUGGACCAGUGGAGUUUUCCUGGUUGCUGGCAAGCUGUAUGGACUGAAGGAAGCCAUGAGUGCUGCUUCUGAGAUGAGCUGUUCAAAGUGCCAGGAUGUGGGUGCAUCAGUCAGCUGCUGCAGCAAAGGCUGCCACCAGAAAUUCCACUAUGUCUGUGCCAAAGAGAGUGGUUGUUUGUUGCUUGAAGAAAGCUUUUCAUUGAAAUGUACAAAACAUAAGGCUUUGUAAAUCCCAGCCAGCCCUGUGAAGCUCUCCUAUGCAGUAUAUAAAAGGACAUAUGUCCCUCUGCUGACUAGCCAAUGUGGAUUACAGCUUAACUCUCCACAGUGAAACGCCCAAAAGGAGCUCUCCUGUAGCACCAUAGCAGCAAUACAGACACUGGAUCAAGUCUACUGUACAGCCUUCUCUGCACUUCCACUUGUCUUUCUUACCGGGUUUUCUUUUCAGUAGACACUACCAACAUCAAUUUGCUUGGAAUGGAAUUUAAAAAAAUAAUGAACUUUACUUAAACUUUACUUUACUGAAAGCAGAAUCGUCGGUGACCAAAGGUUCUGUUUUUAAAACAAACGUGGAAUUGUGUUUAAAGCUUCAUUCGUUCUGACUUGGGCACAUGCACACCCAGCAUCUACAAGUCCCCCACUUAGUAUCAAAUGUUGAAACAUUUCAGCUGUCACAUUUAAAUGUACUCAUAUUCAGAUGUUAUGCAUCAGUGCCAAGUAGAUGUAAUUUAAUAUAAUGCUCUUCCUAGAUAAUCAAUGUGAAUUUCCAAUUCGGUGAGAAAUUUAAUUGUAUCAGCAUCUGUUCUAUGUUUUGUGUUUUAAUUCUUUUAUCAAAUAUGUCCAUUUAUGUGUUGAAUUCAGGUCCACAUCGAACGAAGAUAAUUUUUCAGUCCGCAUUUCUUCAUUAUGAUGAAUCAGCCUUUAAUGCAGUUAUUUUGCAUUUAUAUUUAUAGGCCAAUAUAAAGUUCAAAUUGUUAUUGCACACAUUUCUGUUAAGGAAUGAGACAAAUAUAUAUUUUUUUCCUGCACAAUACUGGCACGUCACUGACAUGCAGGUGAAAGGAAUACUUAAACAGGGAGCUUGUUUAUAUCGUCACAGCUUGUUCAUCUAGAUGCAAGUCACAACAAAAAAAAUAUAUAGUCCGCAUUCAGGCAAGGCAGAUAUCACACAUGGUUGGCAAGUCUUACUGCAGUUAUUUUAUGGUGUACAUAAGUAUUUGACUGUUUAAUUGUAAGAUGUGAUGUACUUAAAUACUUGUGUAUAGUAUUUCUUAGAGAUAUUUAUUUUAUAUAAAUAAAUAUGUAAUUGCAUAUAAAAUGUUAUUAAAAGAAUGGAUUAAAAUGAC